UGCGCCUGCUCGUACGCAGGUGAGCGGCGGCAACGGAAGGCACCGACCAGACUCAGGCGGACUGUCAAAACAAAAAAAAUGUACAAGAAAUGACAUUACUACGAGCUGUACUUUAACAUGAUCUAAAAGGACAAAUCAUUCACCAUGGUCUAUUUAGGAGUAUGCUGCGCCAGCCUCAAGGACAACAAAGCCCUGAUGAAGAUGGGGCUGGGGCUGGUGCUAGUGGGUCAUGUCAACUUUCUACUUGGAGCACUAGUGCACGGCGCCGUGCUGAGGCACAUUAACGUACACUCCCAGGCACGCACCAUGGUGUUCGCAAUCUCUAAUGUCAUUGCCAUUGCGGCAGGCUUGCUGGGAAUUAUUGAUGGAAUAUUGGCCAUUGUACUGUCGAAAAACAAGAAAAACAGGAUCUUGAAGUGGGUCCUGUUGGUGUUCAGCUUCCUGACAGGCCUCUUGGCUGUUUCCUCCAUCAUUGGCCUGUCAGUUUCCAUGAUCCAGGCUAUUAUUAAUAAAGGGAAUAGUCUGCUAACACACUGCAACUUCCACAACAGGACCGUUUCUUCCAGCAUCACAUACGAGUGCCCCUUCGACCCCACCCGCAUCUACGGGACUACAAUCAUUCUCUGGAUGCCUCUCAUCUUGAUGUCAUUUGUGGAGUCGGUGUUCUCUUUCCGCUGUUUUGCUGCAUGUUCUUCAUUCCUCUACCUCUGUCCAUGCAGAAGGAGGCCGCUCCAAGCGAGGAGGGUACGAAUCCAGAAACCCACUCAAAUCCCACUACCUCCUCCAACUCAAGAGCCAGAGGUGGAGGCUGCAGAGCAGGAUGAGCUACUGGACGGCGACGCUGCGGUAGAACAGAGUGACUGGCUCUGAAGUUACCUGUGAGGCCUUACGAUGGGUUUCAAACUCUUGCCAACUGCCUAAAAACAGCAUCUCAUUGUGUAGUGUUGUAUUGAGGAUUUGUUACACGUAUCUUAAGAUGUUACGGCACUUGAGCUUUAAAUACAAGUGGCAUUUUAUUUCCCUUAAUAUGAAAUUGGAUGUUAUUUUACCUGAUAAUGUACAGCUUUUGGUGUUUGUGUACUUUGUAUUGAUAUUUUUUUGGAAAUACAGAAAAUGGUCACCUGUCUUCCACUUUAAAUGCUGUAUCUGUUUUUACAUUUCCAGUUUCUUACUCAUUUCAGAUUCGACUCAUUAUGAAACAACUGAAACUUUCAUAUAACAAAACUUUUUAUGACCGUUUUAUUGGUGUUGAAAGUGUGAUCAACACACACUUUUCACGUUUAAAUGACAUUUGCAAGCACAGGUUUCCUCAUUGUUUGUAGAAUAGAAAUAUAUACAACAUCUGAAUUCCAUCAUUAGUCUUGCUUCCGUUACACUCUAUGCUAUACAGUACACUAAAGAUUGGAGUCCAAACUUCAGUGGAAUCUAGGCCUGGCAAUAAUUUGACAAGACUCAAUAUCAACAGGCAGGGUUUAAAUUUUGCCGUAGAUGAUGUAUCAGUAAAAAAAAAAACACACUAAAAUAUAAGCUAACAUACAACAAGGUCAUUUACCAACAAUAGAAGUAAGAAAAUAUCAUGUCCAUACAACCCCGUCAGCUUAGCGGGCAAAAUGAAUGAGAAACGUUUUACAAAAAAUGAUGUAUUGUACAAACAUGCUUCCAACUACAUAUUGAAAAAGGCACAGGACAGAAGUGGGAAUGAAAGCUAUGAAAUAAGAAUAGCCAAAAAUAUCUAUGAUUUAAAUAAAUUAAAUCCAUAAGAUAUAUAAAAGCACACAAGCACUAAGCCAUUUUUUACAGAGGAGCUCCACAAAGGAAAGCAUUUUAGCUUACAAAAGAGGAAAAAAAGCAAACGAAAACAAUACUCUCACUUGACUUGAGUCCCAAACAGCUGAAAGGUGUUCUAGAAAACAUAUGUUAUUUCACUCCCUGUGUAAUUAAGAGGAAGUAAGGUCUCAUUAUAAACGUACAGUCCAUUUCCAUUCCAGCUAAAUGGAAAUGUUAUCAAGGG